AAGAUAAAACGAUUUGCGCCCCCAUUCCUCCUCCUUCAAUUGAGAACUAAAGCUUCGGACUGAACAUGUCAAGGGGUUCUGAGGAUUAUAGCAGCUCCAGAGACCAAGACCAUGGGGGCCCCGAUGGAAUGGAGCCUGAUGGUAUCAUCGAGAGCAACUGGAAUGAGAUUACAGACAAUUUUGAUGAUAUGAACCUCAAGGAGACCCUUCUGCGUGGAAUCUAUGCGUAUGGUUUUGAGAAGCCGUCAGCCAUUCAACAGCGAGCUAUUAUCCCAUGUAUUAAAGGCUAUGAUGUCAUUGCUCAGGCCCAGUCAGGAACUGGCAAGACGGCCACUUUUGCCAUUUCUAUCCUGCAGCAGCUGGAAAUAGAUCAGAAGGAGACCCAGGCUCUGGUUCUGGCUCCAACCAGAGAGCUGGCCCAACAGAUUCAAAAAGUAAUUCUGGCUUUGGGUGAUUACAUGGGUGCCACCUGCCAUGCCUGCAUUGGUGGCACCAAUGUUCGAAAUGAGAUGCAGAAGCUACAGGCUGAAGCUCCGCACAUAGUGGUUGGAACCCCGGGUCGGGUCUUUGAUAUGCUGAACAGGAGGUACCUGUCUCCUAAGUGGAUCAAGAUGUUUGUCUUGGAUGAAGCUGACGAAAUGUUGAGCAGGGGAUUCAAGGAUCAGAUCUAUGAAAUUUUCCAAAAACUGAGCACAAACAUACAGGUUGUGCUUUUAUCAGCUACAAUGCCAGCUGAUGUUUUGGAGGUGACAAAAAAAUUCAUGCGCGACCCAGUUCGUAUACUUGUGAAGAAGGAAGAGCUUACCUUGGAGGGUAUAAAGCAGUUCUACAUUAAUGUUGAAAGGGAGGAGUGGAAACUGGACACCCUUUGUGAUCUGUAUGAAACUUUGACAAUCACUCAAGCUGUCAUUUUUUUGAACACAAGAAGAAAGGUUGACUGGUUGACUGAGAAGAUGCAUGCAAGGGACUUCACUGUGUCUGCCUUGCAUGGGGACAUGGACCAGAAGGAAAGAGAUGUGAUCAUGCGGGAGUUCAGAUCAGGAUCUAGCAGAGUGUUGAUCACUACAGAUUUGCUGGCUCGAGGUAUUGAUGUGCAGCAAGUGUCUCUAGUCAUUAACUACGACUUGCCCACCAACCGAGAGAACUACAUUCACAGAAUUGGGCGUGGUGGUCGUUUUGGCAGAAAAGGAGUUGCUAUUAAUUUUGUUACUGAAGAAGACAAGAGGAUUCUUCGGGAUAUCGAGACGUUUUACAAUACUACUGUCGAGGAGAUGCCUAUGAAUGUGGCUGAUCUGAUUUAAAGCCUGGGAUGAGAUUUUAUGCAGUGCUCGCCGUUGUUGAAUAAAAGGGCAUUGUGCUUAUUUUAUUGGAAAAAUAUUGAAUCUUGUCUCAAUGCUGAAUGCAGAUCAGAAAUUUGGAUAUUUGCUAAGUGAAGCGACUUGGCUCGUGAGCUCUCGUGAGGACGGCCGUAGGCUCGAUCCUCCUAACAGGUAGACUGCUGGGGUGGGGAUACGAAAACAUGGGGUCUUUAAAUAUAUUUGGAUAUUUUUGUCUUAGUUCAAAUAAGCUGUGUGUAUUAGAUGUUCUAUAUCAUUUAAUUAUUUACUUGUGGACAAAGAGAUACAAGUGCUGUAUUAAAUCUGCCAAUUAUGUUAAGCUAACUAGUUACAGUAAAUUUUGGGUCAAAUUAGCUGCUUUCCAGAUUUCCUAGUUCGAGUUGUGAAGUGUGUAAGCUACGGUAUUUGUCGUGCUUUAUUUUUAAUUGUUUGCAUUUUUAGAUAAGCCAGUCAUUUACGAGACCCUUAAGUCAUUUGUUCCACUUGACCCACAUUACAGAAUAAAGAGGGAUGUGGUUGCUUUUGUGCAUUGA